UGUGAACCUCUCGGUGUUGCUGUGGACAGGAUGCUGACCUGUUUGAAGAUAUGAUCUGCGGCUCGGGGCGGCUCGGGGCGGCCGACAGCUGCGACCGUGAUUCACAAAAGAAGCGACUUGGCAUGAACACAGAGAGACGUGAAUACAAGUGAGACGAGAUUGAGAUCACGUGAGACUCCGCUCGUCUCUGUUUGAAGACGAGUUUCACGUCCACAAAUUGUUUGUUGUUGUUGGGACUAAGCUGAGAGACAGCAUGAUCGCUUCCUCUGCCUGAAACAAAAAAAGUGAUGACUGAGCGGAUUACAACUCCACAUAAACUCCUGGAUGACUUUUAAAGACUUGUCUCUGCAUCCAUCAUAUAUUCACUUCAUCUAUAAGCUCACACAGCUGCUUUUGUUCCAAACUACAAAGCAGAAGGAUUGGUUUGUUGACAGCGGUGCACCUGGAGCUGGACCUUCCUUUCUCCCUGUGCUUGCCGCUCCAGAUGGCUGCCGCGCUGGCAGGUGGAUGCAAUCAGCUCAUUCAACAUUUAUUGGCUUUCACAAAAUAAACGAUCAGGCCGGAGCGAGGGGAAGCCAGCCAGCAAGCGUGCAUCACAGUGACAGCCUGUUUGUGCCCUGUGGCUUAAAUGCAAAUAAGGUUUGUGUCUUAGAUGUGACUUGGUAGCGAUAAGAGACUGAGAGAGUUUAGUCACAGAUCAGCCUACAGCGGGACAGCACAGGAUGAAGUUUACAGAGUCUCAUGUGUUCGUCUGUCAACAGUCUUCUGAUAUUAAAAUGAAAAUAAGAUGAAUCUCACAGCAGGGAGGAUGUGAAACAUUUACAAAGUGUGGAGAAACUGACGAAGAGAACACAGAGAUCUGCUGGCAUCAUGCUGCGUGCUGCUAGGAGCGCAGGUUUCCUGCAGGGUGUGGUUUCAUCACCCUGUGUUGUUGUGCUGCUGGUGUGUCUCCAGCUGAGCCCGGCACUCACCACCCUCUGCCUGUCUCACGGCUCCUCGCAGGCCGGCGGCUGCGUCUGCGCCUCGGACAUCCUCAGCUGCACCGCCGCCGGUCUGGACCGUGUCCCAGGAGACAUGCCGGCCUCGGCCGUCACUCUGGACCUCAGCCACAACCAGAUCCUGCAGCUGGAGGCCGACAGCUUCCGAGGACUUUAUCGACUAGAGACUUUACGGCUGGCGCACAACCAGCUGACAAAGAUUCACCAGGACGCGUUUCGAAACGCCUCCGGGACUCUGCUGCGCCACCUGGACCUGUCGUCCAAUCAGCUGCACGUCCUGGAGCAGCAUUACUUUCUGCGGCUGUCCGGACUGGAGGAGCUGCUGCUGUUCAACAACCGGAUCGUCCAGGUGGAGAGCACGGCUCUGGUCGGGUUGGCCAGCCUCCGCAAGGCCUACCUCAGUCACAACCGCCUCACGGACUUCCCCUUCUUUUCCAUCCAAGAGCACAGCCACCCUCACCUGUCCAUGCUGGACCUGUCCUCCAACCGUCUGCCCAAACUGCCCCUGGAGGACAUAUCCAACCUGCCCAUGCGGAUGCAGAGUGGACUCUACCUGCACAACAACUCUCUGGUGUGCGAGUGCUCCAUGUAUGGCCUGUUCCGGCACUGGGAGCAGAAGAACUUCUCCUCCGUCAUAGACUUCCAGCAGGAGCACACCUGUCUGGUCUAUGGAAUCCAGAGAGGCACAGUGCGCUUCUUCCAGCACAGCCGCUUCUUUGAGAAGUGCAACCUGACCGGCGCAAGUCCCAAGGAGCAGAACAGCAGCGUGGCAGUGAAGGUGGGAGCGCCGGUGCUGCUGCACUGUGUGACCACGCUGAUCGGGCAGCACGUCACCUUCCUCUGGGUUUCGCCCAACCAAGAGUAUGUGGCGCCGCCGGGAAACAACGGGUCGCUAAAGAUGUUCACCAACGGCAGCCUGGAGAUCGUGGCAGCCCGCGUGGAGGACUCGGGGAUCUACUGGUGCAUGUCUCUGGACCAGCGGCGGCAGCGCAACGAGACGCAGGAGGUCAAUGUGACCGUGGUGCUGCAGGGCGAGGGCGAGCAGCACGAGCCCUUCAACACCGGGUUCACCACCCUGCUGGGCUGCGUGGUGAGCCUGGUCUUGGUCCUCAUGUACCUGUACCUGACGCCCUGCCGCUGCCCACCCUGCCUGAGGGCCCCGCCCCCUGCCACCGCUGCCCCGAGCCAGGGCAGCGAGGCCGCCGGGGCAGGCAGCGCCCAGUCCUCCAUCCUCACCCCGACCCCACCAGCAUCCACCGAGGGCCCGGGCCGCAAGGUCAGUACCAACAAGCAUGUGGUCUUUCUGGAGCCAAUCAGAGAGCAGCAGAACGGCAGGCUGAGGGCGGGGCCGGGGGGACACCUGGGGCCAGGGUUACUGCUAGAGCAGCACUCCAAACAGCCGAGGGCAGGGGAGACAGACUCUGUCACGUCCAUGUUCUCAGACACAGAGAGACACAUCACUCCCUGAUCCCCCCCUCCCCCCCACACACCUGCAUCACUUGAGCAAACCCUGAACACUGUCCACCUACCCCGCCCCCACUGAAACCUGAACACCGUCCACCUGACGAACCCUGAACACCGUCCACCUGCCCCGAACACAGUCCACCUGCCCAACCCUCACCAAACCCUGAACACCUUGCACCUGCCGGCCCCCACCGAACCCUGAACCACUGCACUGUGACGCUCAGACGGACUGACAGGAAACAAACACAAACCAAACCGACGGACUGAGUGCUGCCUCAGUCUGAGCAUGGACUGCUGCGUCCCUUUAAGCACGGCUUGUCCCUUUAACUAACAUUUGCUGCAGAUGCCUUUUGUCUCCCACAGAGACGUAGACAGGACGCAUCUUUUUCUAGAGCUGUUUAGCCUUUCCUCCUUUUGUUGAUUCAAGUCAAACCUGCGUAGUGUCGCUCUAUGUGUUGUAGAGUAGACGAGAUAGAGAAGUAAAAAUAGAAACAGUUUUAAAGGAUAAGGUCUGAACUACUCCUCCUUCUCCCUUCUCUCUCCUGGAACCUGAUUACUGUCAUCAUCCGUCAGAACAAAAGGGAAAUAAAAAAAUGAAAGCUGAAAUAAUUUAUGCUGCAGGUGAAAAACUUUUUAUUGUUCCCCUUUUUUAAUUCUCUCUGUCAGAGACAAUAAAUGUGGAAAUGAACUGCUGGAGAACAAACUGACGGGACGAUAUCUGUUUUUACUGUCUUCACUGUAUUCACUGCCUCUCCUCCUCCUGCUGCUCCCCUGUCUGCACCUGUCUGUAGUAAUAAACUCUAUCUGACUCUAUGUCUGUGUGUGCAGCAUGUGUUCACACUCAGUCUCAUUGAUUUUGACUGAAUAAGCACAACAGAAUCUGAGGAAAUUAACUAGAAAAAUUAUGAUUCAGUUUCUGCUGACUGACAGAUUCUGCAGAAAGAAAGAAAAAACAUCUCCAAUGAAUGAUUCUUGUAUCUGGGUUAAAGUCAAGUCUAAAGUAAAUUCUUCAGAUUAUGACUGAUAUUACAGGUGCAUCUAAAUAAAUUAGAAUAUUAUAAAAAGUUAAUUUAUGUCAGUAAUUCAGUUCAAAAAGGUGAAACAACACUUUAUAUAGAUCCAUUUCACAGAGAAUAAAACAUUUCAUUUCUUAAUUUAUUUUAUUUCUUCUAAUUAUAAUGAUUAUGGCUUACAUUUAAUGAAGACCUAAAAUUCAGUGUCUCAAAAAAUGUGAAUAUUACAAAAGACCAACAAAAGAUUUUUAAAAGUAUGUUUAAUAUGGAAAUGUUGGUCUAUGAAAAGGAUGUCCAUCUAUAUGACUCAAUACUUGGUUAACUUGAACUACAGUAAAUUGACUUUUCAUUAUAUUCUAAUGUGUUCAGAUGCACCUGUAAACAUCUAUAUGACUCAAUACUUGGUUGGGUCUAUUUGACUUCAACUACUGGAGAUGGACUUUUCAUCAUAUUCUAAUUUAUUGUGAUGAUCCUGUAACUUUAUACUGAUAGGAAGCACUGCUAAUUAGAGACAAGUUCAUGUUAAAGUGUCUCUUUGUGCAGAAUAACAAAGUUAGAAUGACAGAAAUCAGAAAAAAGUUUAAUUUAAGUUUUGCAGAAAUUGUAAUGUGCAAUUAUUGUUCCAAUAUUUUGACAAAUAAUAAUGAUAAUAUGCUUAAUGAUGGAUAUUAAUAUUAUUUUAAACUGAUAGAAACUGAUUAGAAAUAUGGGGAAUCCAGAUGUCAUUAACCCUUCGAUAAAGAGAAUCAUUCCCUCAGCAGGAAGCAUAAACAUCAGAUAUUCACAUUAAAAUAACUUCCUGUGUUCAUUCUGUAUGUAUUCUGUGUAUUAAAGCAUGGGGAUGCUAAUAAUCAAUAUUGAGACUAA